AUGAAUUUAACCCCAGCUGUCAUUGAAGAGCUUCGUGUAUUAAAUGUAGAUGGUUCUCCACAUAGACAAUUACUACGAUUGGGUAGACUUAUUCAGAAGAGUUCAUCCAAAUAUACUGAAAAUCUUGUAAUCAUUCGAAAGAAUCGUCGUAAAUUGUUUGUUGUUUUAUUAAAAAUGAAUGGAAAUGAGAGGUUAGAUCUUGCUGAUGAAUCAUCGCCAUUUAUUGUUUGUCCUGUUACUGAUAUACGAAAAAUAACACAUGCUGGUGGAAUUUGCUAUGGUGAAGAUUCAUCAUGGAUUCGAUGGCCAUGGCCAGAUACAGCAACGGGUGAAAAUGAGUAUGCGAUUUGGCUACAUGAUCGACUACUAGAAAUAAGUGAUGUUUAUAAACAACGGUCACCUAUACAAAUAAAUGAAAUGAUUGAUAUCUAUUCAUUUCAUGAAGCCAUUGUUAAAUAUGAACAACGUCUUCGAGAUGAACCAUACAAAAAACCACAACGGUAUAAGCGAGGUCGCGCUCUCACCCGAUCAGAUCUCGUAUAUUCAGUGCAGCCUCUAGCAGUAAAUACAACAACUGCGCAUAACAGUCUUUUACCAGUUUUAAUCCAUGAAGAAAACAAUCGCCAACAUUUCAAGAUCGAACGACAAAGCACUACUCAAUACUGGAACAAUCCAUGGGCUCCUGUUACUCCAGCUACAGCUGAAUUUAUUGCUCAAUUUCGCUUGGAUCAUGAACAUGAACAUAAUCAACAAGUUGUAAAUGCGGAUAUGCGGAAAAAAAAAAUUAAGUGCACAAUUUGUCUGAAAAAACUGAAAACCAAUAAUUCAUAUGCACGCUGGCCCUGUCCUGAUGCUCAUUUAUUUCAUUAUAAAUGUAUGUUGAAAUCAUUAAGAGAAAGAAAUACAUGUCCAGUUUGUAGACAUGAAGUCACAAGUAUUCCAGCGAUAUCUUUAUAUGGAAUAUUAGCAUAA